UUGGUGACAAUCCCUGUCUGCUUUCAGUGUCUCCUGAGGCUACAGGCGGGUGUUUGAGGAGUACAUGCGGGUCAUUAGCCAGCGGUACCCAGACAUCCGAAUCGAAGGGGAGAACUACCUUCCUCAACCUAUAUAUAGGCACAUAGCAUCUUUUCUGUCCGUCUUCAAACUAGUAUUAAUAGGCUUAAUAAUCGUUGGCAAGGAUCCAUUUGCUUUCUUUGGCAUGCAAGCUCCAAGCAUCUGGCAGUGGGGCCAAGAAAAUAAGGUUUACGCCUGCAUGAUGGUCUUCUUCCUGAGCAACAUGAUUGAGAACCAGUGUAUGUCAACGGGCGCCUUCGAAAUAACUUUGAACGAUGUUCCAGUGUGGUCUAAGCUCGAGUCUGGCCACCUUCCUUCCAUGCAGCAGCUUGUACAAAUCCUUGAUAACGAAAUGAAGCUCAAUGUGCACAUGGAGUCAAUGCCUCAUCAUCGAUCAUAGCCCCAUCUAUCAGCACUGAAACUUCUUGCAUUAAGUGGCGGUUCCCGGCAGCGCGGCGCGACCCAUGAAGGUCUGUACUGAAGACAGCACGCUGUUAGUGCAGACUGGAUGCUCCUCUCGCCGCCGCGUUCUGCCUCCUGACAACAAACUUAAUGGAAGAGCUCUUUCAGUGCUGGCGUGUUUCCAGAUACUGCACAGUCACGGAGUGCAAUAAUACUGUAUAGUUUUUUUAAGAUUUCAUUCGACCAGUUCAUAGCUCAACAAUGCAGGCAUUACUAAUUGUAACUUAUUUUAUAUUCAUGUUUCACACAAUGGCAGAUUAAGUUGAUACCUAAUUUUUCCUCGGAAAAAAAAAAAAGUUUGUUUAAUCUGUUGUAUUUUAUAUGAAUUUAUGUUCUUUUUGUAGUUUAAAAUGAAGCUAUAGGAGUGUCUGAUAUUGUCCUAAACAGUUAAGUAAUUGACAGCUGUCUAUCAAAUAUCUCUAAUGUGGUUAAAGCAGGUUUGUAUAUUUUUCAAAAUAUAUGGCAGAGUUGAACAGUGCGUUAUAUACUAAAUUAUAUAAACAAAAUUAUAUGCAGAGUAGUUACAUCAUUUUGUGACUUCAAUUGAAAAUUGAGACCGACUGCUCUUUGAAUUGUGUUGGCCAGCUCAGGGUUUUCCCUGACCGUUCUGAGGAGGUGAAAAGCUGGGCCUUUCUACUGUCCCAAAUAGAAACGAGAAGGUUAAUUUUGAAUAAAGAGUUCUCAUUUACUGUGUGAAGUACCUUGUUUGAGUCACUGGUGGAUAUUCUUAGAACUGCAAUUGAAAAAACGCAUAAAAAGCCUCCCUUCCAAAGUCA